GCGGUCUGUCUUUAAUGGAAAAGGAUUUGCCCAUGAGCAGAAUGCACAAAGAGGCUUUAUACGGUCGUGAUCAGUGCUGAAAGAGCAUACACUUUGUAAAAUCACAUUGUAAUUCAUUCAUAUGUUUGAACUAGGUGGAUAGCAAUUGGUAUUGAAUAUGGAGCUAUUUGCAACAGUUGAUCAGGGGGGUUGCAUUUUGGACAUGUCCCAUCUGAAUCUGGAGAGUUUAAAUUUGGACACUGUCGGUGACGAACGGAGGAGAGUGACCCAACAACUCUACCUGUAUAACAACCGACUGACAGUGUUUCCCGCUUCGGUGUGUCUGUUCUCCAAAUUGGAAGUUCUGGAUAUAAGCAACAAUGGAUUAACGGUUCUCUGUGAGGACAUUCAACGUUUGUCAAACCUCAAAACACUCAUAGCCAAGAACAACCGUUUGAACGAAUUUUCGUUCCCAAAGGAAUUUGGGUCCAUGCAGAUAGACACAAUGAACUUCAGUGGGAACAUGUUUGAAGAGGUGCCCACUCAGUUUCUAAAACUCCAGCGAUUAAAAUAUCUGUCUCUUGGGGGUAACAGACUCAAAGCUAUCCCCGCAGAGAUAGAAAAUAUUACCAGGUAA